UAAAAACUAGAAGAGGGAAGGAGGGAAUCUGGCUGUGGGGGGUGGCCAGGUGAGUCUCCCUUGCCGUCUUGCAGCCAGGAGAAAAGUUGCAUCUGGAGGGAAGAGAAAGGAGAGCUGAGGACGGUCACCUCGCCUUCCUCUUGCACCUUCCCAGCUCUGAUCUCCAAACCCACCUCUCCACCCACUUGGUUCAUUCACCCUGACCCAGAGUGAGUGGUUUGAUUUGGAACAGGAGCACAGAGGCUCACAUGGGCCUUUUAAAGUCAAAGUUUCUAAUUCUGCCCCACCUCCUGAACCUGGCCUGAUUCCUAGUGCCCUCUAGCUCCACCUCCGACCCCUCUGCCCUUGGGGUUUUUCACAAUAUCCAUUAUUCCUCUUUACCAGCAGCACCACACAGAGACCAGGACCCUCCAGAGGCUGAGAGAAACAUCCCAACCCAGGUCCUCUCUGUCUGUUUAUUGUUCUGUCUAUUUGCACUCUUGUCUUCACAACCAAGAGCCUGAAGACGACCCAGGAGCUUUAGCUAUGCCUGUCUUCAUUAUUUUGUCCCUAUUUAGUGUUCUGCUGACAGGCAUGAGUGAAGGUCGGGCUGGGAGUGAGAAAGGAGGUGAGAGGGAAUGUCAGCUGAACCAGCUUCCCCGCUGCCCCUCCAUAUCUCCUAGUGCCCAGCCUUGGCCACACCCUGGCCAGAGCCAGCUGUUUGCAGACCUGAGCCCAGAGGAGCUGACAGCUGUGAUGCGCUUUCUGACCCAGCGGCUGGGGCCAGGGCUGGUGGAUGCAGCCCAGGCCCGGCCCUCGGACAACUGUGUCUUCUCAGUGGAGCUGCAGCUGCCUCCCAAGGCGGCAGCCCUGGCCCACCUGGACAGGGGGAGCCCCCCACCUGCCCGGGAGGCACUGGCCAUCGUCCUCUUUGGUGGACAACCCCAGCCCAACGUGAGUGAGCUGGUGGUGGGGCCGCUGCCUCACCCCUCCUACAUGCGGGACGUGACCGUGGAGCGUCAUGGAGGCCCCCUGCCCUAUCACCGCCGCCCCGUGCUAUUCCGAGAGUACCUGGACAUAGACCAGAUGAUCUUCGACAGAGAGUUGCCCCAGGCUUCUGGGCUUCUGCACCACUGUUGCUUCUACAAGCCCCGGGGACGGAACCUGGUGACAAUGAACACAGCUCCCCGUGGUCUACAGUCAGGGGACCGGGCCACCUGGUUUGGCCUCUACUACAACAUCUCAGGGGCUGGGAUCUUCCUCCACCAUGUAGGCUUGGAGCUGCUGGUGGACCACAAGGCCCUGGACCCUGCCCGCUGGCGCAUCCAGAAGGUGUUCUAUCAAGGCCGCUACUAUGACAGCCUGGCCCAGCUGGAGGCCCAGUUUGAGGCCGGCCUGGUGAACGUGGUGCUGAUCCCAGACAAUGGCACAGGUGGGUCCUGGUCCCUGAAGCCCCCUGUGCCCCCGGGUCCGGCUCCCCCUCUGCAGUUCUAUCCCCAGGGUCCCCGCUUCAGUGUCCAGGGAAGUCGAGUGACCUCCUCACUGUGGACUUUCUCCUUUGGCCUCGGAGCAUACAGUGGCCCAAGGAUCUUUGAUGUCCGCUUCCAAGGGGAGAGGGUGGCCUAUGAAGUCAGCGUCCAGGAGGCCUUGGCCAUCUACGGAGGCAAUUCUCCUUCUGCUGUACGAAGCCGGUACAUAGACAGUGGCUUUGGCUUGGGCCACUUUUCCACGCCCCUGACCCGUGGGGUGGACUGCCCCUACCUGGCCACCUACGUGGACUGGCACUUCCUUUUGGAGUCCCAGGCCCCCAAGACAAUACGCGAUGCCUUUUGUGUGUUUGAGCAGAACCAGGGCCUCCCCCUGCGGCGACACCACUCAGAUCUCUACUCUCAUUACUUUGGGGGCCUUGCGGAAACGGUGCUGGUCGUCAGAUCUGUGUCCACCAUGCUCAACUAUGACUAUGUGUGGGAUACAGUCUUCCACCCUAAUGGGGCCAUAGAAAUCAGACUCCACGCCACCGGCUACAUCAGCUCAGCAUUUCCCUUUGGUGCUGCCCGGAAGUAUGGGAACAAAGUUUCACAGCACACCCUGGGCACAGUCCACACCCACAGUGCCCACUUCAAGGUGGAUCUGGAUGUAGCAGGACUGGAGAACUGGGUCUGGGCCGAGGAUAUGGCCUUUGUCCCCAUGGCUGUGCCCUGGAGCCCUGAGCACCAGAUGCAGAGGCUGCAGGUGACCCGGAAGCUGCUGGAGACGGAGGAGCAGGCCGCCUUCCCUGUGGGAGGUGCCACCCCUCGCUACCUGUACCUGGCCAGCAACCACAGCAACAAGUGGGGUCACCCUCGGGGCUACCGCAUCCAGGUGCACAGCUUUUCUGGAGAGCCGCUGCCACAGAACAGCUCCAUGGAGAGAGGCUUCAGCUGGGAGAGGUACCAGUUGGCAGUAACCCAGAGGAAGGAAGAGGAGCCCAGUAGCACCAGCAUCUACAAUUUGAAUGACCCUUGGACACCCACUGUGGACUUCACUGACUUCAUCAACAAUGAGACCAUUGCAGGGCAGGACUUGGUGGCCUGGGUGACAGCUGGUUUUCUGCACAUCCCACAUGCAGAGGACAUUCCUAACACAGUGACUGUGGGCAACGGCGUGGGCUUCUUCCUCCGACCCUACAACUUCUUUGACGAAGACCCCUCCUUCUACUCUGCCGACUCCAUCUACUUCCGAGAGGACCAGGAUGCCGGGGCCUGUGAGGUCAACCCCCUGGCUUGCCUGCCCCAGGCUGCUGCCUGUGCCCCUGACCUCCCUGUCUUCUCCCACGGGGGCUUCUCUCACAACUAGGCCGUGCCUGGGAUGGGGCACAUGGCCAAGGGCUCCAGGGCCAGGGCGUGAGGGAUGGGGAGCAGCUGGGCACUAGGCCGGCAGCCUGAUGUCCUCUCCCCUGCACCAGGACUCUUUCUUCUACUGCCCUCCCUCGCACCUCCUCUAUGCCAGGAGCCUCCUGAGCCUGCGAUGGCUGCCACAGGGGACACUCAGCCUUGUGGAUGCCAGCCGUGCUGAGUUCCCGUCCAGAGAGGCGAGGCAUGGCCCAGCCUGGAGCCUGGAGCCUUGGCUAAGUGUUUCCCUAGACCACUCCUGGUUUUCUUAACAGUUUUCUUUUUUUUUUUCUAAUGAGACAUAAUUUACUUACCAUAAAAUUCAUCCCUUUAAAGCAUACAAUUUCAUGUUUUGUUUUGUUUUUUGAGACAGUUCCAUUGCUACUAAU